AUGGCGACAGAAUUUACCGCCGACUAUCGCGCAGAGCGCCGCGAAAAAUUCCACGAAGCCGAAGUCGUAAUUGUUGGUGCUGGUGUAUUCGGCUGCGCAAUUGCUUUUUCAUUGGCAAACCAGGGGCGUUCUGUCCUACUACUCGAGAGAUGGAUGCACGAGCCUGACCGUAUUGUUGGUGAGCUGAUGCAGCCCGGUGGCAUUGCAGCCCUCAAGAAAUUGGGCUUGGGUCAUUGCUUAGAGAACAUCGACGCCAUCCCCUGCUACGGAUACUGUGUCAGCUACCACGGCCAACCGGUGCUCAUUCCAUACCCAACAUUGGACGAAGAUGGCCAGGUAGACCACCAAUGGUCCGGUGCUGGAAAGGAAGGAAAGAGGCCCGUUGGCCGAGGAUUUCACCACGGAAAGUUCAUCAUGCAGCUUCGAAAGUCCUGCUUGGCACAUAAGAACAUCACAGUCGUUGAGACGGAAGUCGUCAACGUUGUGCGUGGUGACUACCAAGACCAGAUUCUGGGUGUGGAAACAAGGACGGUAGACAAAGUCACGGGCGAGAAGCGUGCCGACUGCUUCUUUGGCCAGCUCACUAUUGUUGCUGAUGGGUAUGCUUCCAAAUUCCGAAAGCAAGUAAUCGACACUACUCCCGUCGUGAAGAGCAAAUUCUACGCCCUCGAACUUAUUGAUUGCCAAAUGCCCCAGCCUGGGCACGCCAUGGUGAUUAUUGGAAACACCUUCCCAGUUCUCCUCUACCAGAUUGGCACGCACGAGACCCGAAUUUUAAUGGAUGUUCCUACGGAAUUGCCUGAGGCAAGCCCAUCGGCUGGAGGUGUCCGAGGUUACAUUCAAAACUGCGUUCUACCCGCACUUCCAGACGCCAUUCGCCCAUCAGUCGAGAAGGCAUUGGAGGAUGGCAAGAUUCCUCGCAGCAUGCCAAACAGUUGGCUCCCGCCAUCCAAGCAAUCCACAAACGGUCUCAUUCUACUCGGCGACGCUAUGAACAUGCGUCACCCUCUAACGGGCGCGGGUAUGACUGUUGCGUUUAACGAUUGUCUCAUUCUCUCCGAACUCCUCCACCCCGACAAAAUCCCCAGCUUUGAAGACUCCCGAGCCAUCAAGGAUGCCAUGAACACUCUCUACUGGCGCCGCAAGAGCCUGACGGGAAUCCUCAACGUGUUGGCUCAGGCUCUCUACGCUCUCUUCGCCGCAAACGAUCGCCAAUUACGUGCCCUUCAGCUGGGUUGCUUUGGUUAUUUUGAGCGCGGCAUGACCGAUGGUCCCUCUGGUCUCCUCGGUGCUGUCAUCCACCGUCCCAUCGUUCUCUUCUACCACUUCUUCUCGGUCGCCUUCCUAGCCAUCUGGCUGAAUGCAUGUGCCGUUAUCGGCGGACCCUUGGGCCUAUGGAAGCUCCCGUUGGCUUUCAUUGACGCGAUUUUAAUCCUCUGGAAGGCUUGCAUCGUGUUCCUGCCUGUAAUGUGGCGUGAGGGGUUCCAGUGA